AUGAACAUCCUGGCAUUACUUUUGCUCUCAUUGUUAUUAGCAUCUACCGUUGCAGCUGAUGAUCAAUCCAAUAUCUUUGAUGUGACAAGCUCGAAAUAUGGUGGAAACCCCGACUCCGAUAUCACAAAGGCGUUAACAAUGGCGUGGACCGAUGCAUGUGAAUCAGGGUCGACGAGUACCGUCCUAGUUCCAACUGGAACAUACAAGUUAUUGGAACAAAUAAGUUUUGAAGGUCCAUGCAAUGCUCCUAUUCAAUUUCAGCUCCAAGGAAUGUUGCAGGCUCCAGAAGACCGGAGCCAACUUGAUGACUCUUGGGUUUACUUUAAGACCAUCGACAAGCUCACAUUGUCCGGCGGUGGAACUUUCGACGGACAAGGAGAGCUUUCUUGGAAAGAGGACAAGCACUUUCACUCAACUCCCGUCGAUGUUAGGUUCAAAACCGUCAACAAUUCAGUUAUUAGCGACAUAACAUUUAUGGACAGUGCAAAAUUUCACAUUAGUGUUCAUGCCUCCAGCAACAUUACGUUUCAACGGGUCACCAUCACAGCACCCGAAGACAGUCCUAACACUGACGGAAUCCACAUCGCCGGUUCGAGCAAGAUCACAGUCUCCGACUCUUACAUUGCAACCGGUGACGAUUGUGUUUCAAUUGGUGAUGGCGCAACCGAAAUCCUAGUGUCCAACAUUACUUGCGGACCAGGACAUGGGAUAAGCAUUGGCAGUCUAGGAAAGUAUCCAGAUGAACAACCAGUGGUCGGUGUCACGGUCAAGAACUGCACACUAACUGGCACAACUAACGGAGCGAGAAUCAAGACAUGGCCCGAUUCUCCGGCAGAAGGCGUUGCUAAGGAUAUACUUUACCAAGACAUCAUCAUGGUGAAUGUGAAGAACCCUAUCCUCAUCAACCAAAACUACUGCGACAAAGGCAAAAUGUGUAAGCAAAUGGUUCCAUCCAAAGUCCAAAUCAGUGACGUGAGAUUCAAGAAUAUAAGGGGCUCAUCUUUGUCUCCGGUCGCCGUCAAGCUCGACUGUAGUCAGAGCAUGCCGUGUCAGAAUGUGGAGCUGUCCGAUAUUGAUCUCGCAUAUAGUGGAGACGAAAAAGACGAAAUCACGUCCGAGUGUAGUAAUGUUAAGCCAAGAAUUACCGGCGUGACUAAGUCUCUUGCAUGUGCAAACCUACGUGACAUACCAAUAGAGGGUUCACCAUCACCGUCGACUUCACCGCCCCUUGAACCGGCACCAGUACAACAGUCACCACCCCCGGCUCCGGUAGCAAAACACCACCAUCCACCUCCUCUUUCGCCGCCAGCAGAGGAAACACCUCCUCUUCCUCCAGCAGAGGAAACACCUCCUCUUCCGCCAGUAGAGGAAACACCUCCUCUUCCGCCAGCAGUGGAAACACCUCCUCUUCCGCCAGCAGUGGGAACACCUCCCAAAGUAACAUCACAUGAUCCGUCUCCGCCCCCUCCUUCCCCCUAUCCGUAUCGUCGUUUAGGACCAACAUCCUCCGCUGCCGGGUUUAAGAAACUCAAAGAUGAAAGUGAUCAUAACCACCCCCAAUUCCAAGACACUGAGCCCUUUGAUGAGGCUGUGGUGCCUGAUAGCCCUUCAAUGGAGGAUACCCAGGUGUUGGAUUAUUCGGAUUGCGAUGAGAAGAUGAGGACUGGGUUUGAGGAGGAAGUGGUGCUUGACAGUGAGGAUGAGGAAGUUAAUGGAAGCAGACUAGUGACUCUUGGAAAUAUGUCGUCGGAUCAAACAUGCGCUGCAGUUGGUGUUGAUGACUUGAUGAUAUGA